UUCUAAAAUGGCGGAUACAGAAAAACUUUUAGAUGCCCUUUCUCGACUUCGAUUCCAUGCGAUAGAUAGUGACUGGGUGAAGGAGACGUGGCAGCAAGACUACACCAGCCUAGACCCACUUCCUAUUGAAACGGAGGAAGAUUUACAGGAGAAUGGAUACCAUAUAGAGACCCUCUGUGCCACAGUGACAUUACUCAAGCCCUGGCUGCAGGACAAAGAGGGUUCAAGACAAGGAUUCUGGACUGUUCUUGUUGAAAAUGAGCUACAUCACAAAAAUCUCGUUGCCCUACUGUUCUACCUUAUGGAGGUUGGCAGCAAGCGUGUGUCAAGCGUUAUUCAAAAAGAGGCUGGGAUUGUUGCGUCUGAAUUAUAUCUGUCACUUGUGACUGUACCUGGUAGUGGGGCAUUCAAGAUAUUCCACCCCUUGCUGUACCAGAAGGCCCUGGAUUACUUCAAAUCUUUGAACUCUCUCAGUACAUCCAAAAGGAAGCAUGCAUCAUCCCCCAUUCGAAGUAGCCAAACUGGCCGCAGUUCACAAACUGCACGUAGUCAAGGAGGAAGGAGAGGGAAGUCACGACGCAAAUCUCAAGAUAAGGAGCCAAUCAGGGAUGCCGAGGAAAGUGAAGACAGUGAUGAUGAAGAUGAAAUGACUCCACAAGAAUGCUCUAGACUUUCCAGUAGACUAAUGUCUCUAUUAAAGACACUUGUGCAGUUAUUACAGAGUUACUCCCUGCGUCAAUCAGAGCAAAGUGCUCAGCAUACGCUACAGAUCCUUGUGGAGCUCACUAAGCAAUACCCAAGUAUGGUGGACAAUCAACAGUUUGGUAAAACAUUAGAUGUAUCCAGGUGCAAGUCAGUGUCCCAGAUAGCAUUCAUGGGUAUUUCUUGUCUGGCCUCUGAACUACAUGGCAGUGUAACAAGUCUCUGCACAAGUGUUUUCAAGCAGUUGUUGCCAUGCCUACUGAUGUUGCUAGGUGACAACAAAUCGGUUGCUGCUACAACAAUCCCUAGGGAUGUACAAACCAUCAAAGACAAUGCUUUAGCCUAUGUUCUACACAUUCUAGAAGAACAAGGUGAUCGCGUGUUAGCCAGUGCUAGAAUAUUACUGCAACAUUUAUGUUGUAAAGUACCAGAUAAGACAGAGUACAGGACCAGGGUUGCUCAGGCCAUAGUGGACAUUAUGUAUCAACUACCAGGUGGAGCCUAUGCCAAGAUCAUAGAGUGGCUCUAUAAGUACUCCAGGAAUGCAAAGAUUGGCUAUAGAGUGUUUGCUCUUGACGUAUCCGCUGCUCUGUUGACCAACAAGGAAAAAGUUCUCGAUGAUUCUGUGAACCAAGACCAGACGAUGUUUCUCUCCCAUAGGUUCCUUAUACAGAUGAUCCUAUCACGAUGUUCUGAUGUUGCUCCUACUGUACGAGCAAGAGCGAUUGUAGGAUUUGCCCAGUGUUCCUCCAGCAACGAGCCAGGUAUCCGGGCAGCCAUCUUGGAUAUUGUGACCCCAAGGCUUGGUAGGGAUGGCCCUGGGGUGGGGAUGGCAGCUGAUAAGACCCCCACAGGACAAGGUACUACCCCUGAUGCACAAAGAAUACACACUAACAUAGGGACACCUGGGGAACAAACUAAUGCAGAAGAUGCCACAGAAAACACUGUCCGUGAUGCUACUCCAGCUGCUGGUGAAAAGAUCCUUGAAGCAACUAUUGAGAAAACUGUAGAGGGAAGAAUUGCACGUCAGACUCCAGGCUCCAAGUCGAUACUUCUCACUCCGGGCCUAGAUCUUACCCUCCCUGAUGGCCAAGGUGUAGUGUCACUAUUAAGACGUAGAGCUACAGAUGAGAAAGUGAAUGUGAGAAAGGCAGCUCUUCAAGCACUUGAAAAUAUCAUCAAAUUAGACGGGGAACACUUUAACAUCAAGGAUGUGAAAGUUCUACAUGAAAGGUGCCAAGAUCCAGCCCUGUCAGUUAGAAAGCAGGCCCUCAUAUCUCUCACUGAUGUAUUGUUGGAGAUGCCCCAUAACAAACAAAUACAGAGUACAUGGUUAGAUGGAGUUGUUCCCAUGGUGAUGGACAGAGAGACUGGUGCCCAGGAGAAAUGUUUUGAGAUUUUAGAGGAUGUCAUCCUCAGCAACAUUGCUCCACUACACAGAUCGACAGGAGACCAACAUAAAAUGUUGUGGAGCCUCAUGAACAUCAUGGCUUCAAAUGAGGGUGUCGACUUGAGGAGAUUCCUCACAAAGGCAUGUCAACACUGGGCUCGUGUGGGUAAAAUAAAGUCCUCGAUUGUCAACUCCUUGGAGACACACGUCAAUACAGACCAUAAUCCUGGUGUUUGGUUAUUAUUAGCUGAGGUGUGUCAGAGUGUUGGCAAGUUUCAACCAGAGUUUGUACUCACCUAUUGGAGAGACCAUGCUAAAGGGGCAUCAGAGGAGGAGUACCCUGUUGUACAGAGAGUUCUCCAGGUUAUUGGCUCGGUAGCCAAACAUAUCAAAACUGACUGCAUAGGCCCUAUUACAGAUGACUUGAGGAAGCGCUUGAUGAUGUUUAACUCUCCUCCAGAAUUGAUUGCUAUCACCAUAAACACAUUGCAUAAGUUAUGUCAAGCCAAGUCUGAGUGUGUCGAGGAUGCUAAGAAAACCAUGGAUAGAUGGUGUGGGGAUCUGCUGAAAGCUAGUGAUGAAUACCUGUCUACAGCUAUCCUAUCAGAACAACCAGAUGAAGAUCUUAACGAAGACCUUGUCGUGAGACAUUUAUUUACUGUUGGAGAAGUUGCCCAGUUGUGCCCAGAUCGUACACCCAAACGUAUAUUUAUGUUAGUACAGAGCCUGGUUGCAAAACCUUGUAUCACCACUACUGAUGGCAGUUCACAACAAGUUACAACAGCAUCUCAACACACUGAGCCAAUGCUGUCUCAGUUCUCCCAGAUGUCCCAAAUAUCACAGGCAAGCUCUCAGGAUGUCCUGACGCAGUUCAGUAUCAAGUCAUCUAAAGUUUCCAGUAGGAUCAGAGCCCAUGCCUUCGUUACAUUAGGUAAAUUGUGCCUCCAGAAUGAGGAUAUUGCCAAGAAAUGUAUUGCAGCUAUGGCACGAGAACUCGAGACGUGUUCCGAUGCUGCAGUGAGGAAUAACGUUAUUGUUAUCAUGUGUGACCUCUGUGUCAGGUACACCAACCUUACAGACCAAUACAUCCCAAAUAUUGCGGCAUGUUUGAAAGACCAGUCCCCGUUGAUCAGGAAGCAGACCCUAACGUUGCUUACUCGACUUUUACAGGAAGAUUUCCUUAAGUGGAAGGGAUCAUUAUUUUUCCGCUAUAUUACUUCAAUCGUCGACCAAGAUCAGGAAAUCAAACAAUUUGCUGAGUUUUGUCUGGUACAUCUCCUACUGGUGCGCCACCCUACAAUGUUUUCCCAACACUUCAUAGAGUCAGUGUACCAUUUUAAUGCAUACGACCAGCACAAUGUCUAUAAUAAAUUUAGCCAAGGUGAUCGGGAAAAGAAGAUGUUUUCCCUUAAGGGUCCAGAGAACUGUAAGAAGAGGAUGAUGAUCUAUAAGUUCAUGUUAGAACACAUGAAUGAUGAACAGAAGUUCAACCUCACUGGCAAAAUUUGUCAAGAUAUCUUGGGUGGAGUUGUUGAUGGUGUGCUGGCUUUAGAUGCAAAUUCAAAUGCUCUGCUACAAGACACAUUGGCCAUUCUAUGUUGCAAGGAGAUGAAGUUGGCAUCAAUGAAGAGCAAGCCCCAGGAAGACAUAGUAGACCAACAAGAUAUGCAAGAAGCAGUUAUGACUGCUGCCAAGAAAACUAUCAUCACACAGAUUGUCAAGAAAAACACAAUUGAAAAUAUUGUGCCAAUCAUCAUUGCGCUGAAACACCAGUUAGAACAACAUAGAUCUCCAGUGCUAAAGGAUCUCAUGUUAUAUCUCAGAGAAAUGAUGAAAGAUUACAAGAAUGAAGUUAAAGACAUUAUGGCUGCAGACAAACAGCUUGCUAAAGAGAUUGAGUUUGACCUGAGAAUGUUUGAGGAGCAGCAGGCUGAACUUGAGAGACAGAGACAACCAAGAUCUGGGAGUAGCACACCUCAACAGGUCACUCCAAACCAGUCUCCAAAUCCUACUAAGCCUAAAUCUCCAGGUUUAGAGAAGUCUCCAAAAGAUGGCGCCACAGUACCCAUAGUGCCACCUGGAAUAAGAAGCCUUGGGUCACCUAAAUCAAUUUCUAAUACACCAGGAAGACCAAUGUCAAUGUCCACCCUUGCGAUUCUGAAUUCUGCGCGAAAGGCAAUGGAGGUUGCUAAGCAGCGAACUGAGGGGAGAACUUCUCCAGCUGCUGGUGGGUCCCCCAAGGCCACCCCCAAGGAUGUGAUUGCUUCACCCAGGCCAACCACUAGGUCACCCCACAGGAUAUCCACGGGAAGUCUGAAUAAGGAGAACAGACAAGACUCAUUUAAAACCCCUUCAAGGCCAAACACAAGGGCAAUCAGUACCCCUUCAGGCAUGAUAGGGAAUAUCACAUUUAACCCAGCAGAGAUGACCAUGCUUCCCCCUUCGCCUAUUGCCAGGGAAGGCCCACAGAGGAUUGGUAUCAGCUCUAUGGAUAACAUAGGAGAUAGAGUACCAAGCAGUCCCAUGGUAACAGGGAUCAAGAGAUCAGAGAAAGAUGGCAAAGAAGUAGACCUUAUCUGUAUGUUCUCUCCAGAUAAACCCAGCCCUAAGCCCCGUCAAUGGAACAUCAGACCUCCUAGUUUGGAGAAAAAAGCUGCAAAACCUAUCAAAACCGACACAGAUGAUUCAAUAACUGAUGAUGUGGAGUUCUCAACACUUACACGAAAGUCAACUCGCAGUAAAACGCGACACAAAAAGAAAUAAUCUGAACAAUUAUUUUUAAAAUGUUAAUUGUUAUGAACAUUGUAGGAGAUGUAAUUGUGAACUAAGCUAGAACUUAAAAGGUUGGUUUUACUCCAUGUACUCCACCUAUUUCUUUGUUAUUCCCAUUGUGUUGAAAAAAUAUUCAUCAUUAGUAAAUAUUUAAUUUGACAGUAGCCUUGGCUUCUAACCAAAAUAAUCUGUAUGUGAUCCAUAUGAGAUCAUCUGGCAUGGUCAAGCACUUAAAUUGUUGCAGGGGUUCAGAAAACUCAAUGUGCAAGUACAUGUAUAACCAGUUGGCAGAGAAUGGCUAAUAAUGUUAUUUUGCUUAUUAAGUUCAACAUUAUAACACUGUAACAAUGUAUGCAAUUAUUUAGAAAAAAAGUUUUGUUAAUGAGAUACUUAUGACAAAUCUGUGAAUUUAGUUGUUGAGAUUAAUCAAUAAUCAUGAAAUAUUUAUUGACUGCAUCAAUAUUAUUGGUUUAUGUAGGAUACUAGCCUAAUUAACAUAAUAAUUAUCCACAUCUUUCAUUUUUGUUGAUUUUUAUGUUCAAUUGAGUGUUUAUGAAUAUGAAAAGUGACUACCGGAUUUUCUCGCAUAUAAGCCCCUGGGUUUAUAACUGAAAGAAGGGG